AUGGAAUCUGAAAAUUCUGUUAUGUUAGAAUCAUGUGGAGAGCAUUCAAUUUUAAUUCAAACUGUAAAAAAUAUGGUUAAUGAAAAUACACGUACGGAAUUAGAAAGUGAGGAAGAAGGAUUUUUUGUAGUAACAGAUGUUCAGGAUGAACAACAAAAUGUAAUAGAAGUAUCAAAUGAAGAAUCAACAGUAACACAGUUAGAUGAACAAUUUUCUUGGUCUAAUUUAUGCAGAGUAUGUGCUAAUACCAAUGAUCAUUUAAUUCCAAUAUUUGAAGGAGAAGGUUUACAACAUGACUUAUGUAAUAAGAUACAUAGAUAUCUACCCAUAUGUAUAUCUGAAAGUGAUACACUACCAUUACAGUUAUGUUACCAUUGUGCUGCUACCUUAUUAGCAUGGCAUGAACUAUUAGAAGGAUGUUUGAAUGCAGAAAGAAGAUUAUUAGAGAUUCAAGAUACAUUACAAGAAAAACAGGGUUCUGAAGGACUAGAGACUUCUACACAGGAUACAACAUGUGUGUCUAACAUAACAGAAUCACUUCAUCAACAGCAAGAAACUGUAAAGGAUGAAGUUUCUGGGGAUUCAGGAGUUAAUGAUUCAGACAGGUUUGGUCUACCUCAGAAGAAAUCCUUCACGGCAUACUGCUUGUGGCAGCAAACAUUCAGUGAAACGAACUCAAAAGACAAUAUAAAAGAAAAAGUUAAUGACAAUGUGGAUAGCGUUAAUUCAUUUGAUAGUUAUUAUGAUACAAGUUUAAAUAUGAUAGAAAUGAUGAAAGCAAUGUUACCUUCUGUGAAAAAAAUAAAUAGCUCAUCAAAUAAUCAAUAUACAUGUAAAGAUUGUCAACAAACUUUUAUAAAAGAAAGUUACUUUACGCAACAUAUGUCUGAAUGUAGAAGUAUAACUAAAAACUCCACUGAUCAAAAUAUAUUAAAUGUAAAAGAGUCCAACAAACUAGAAGAUAAUAUAAUUAUAAAAGAUGAAAAUCAGAAAAAUUUGAAAUCGUUUCAAAAAUGUAAAAGAAAUAAACUCGAAACUUAUCCAUGCAUGUAUUGUGAUUACACAGUCAAACGGAAAAAAAUGCUCGAGUUACAUUUAAUGGAAUUACAUUCGGAGUUUGUCGGAAAAAAAGAUAAAAAAUUAAGAUGUGCUGAUCGAGAAAUGGUAAUGCGUGCUAAAAUGGAAAUUGACGGAAAGGUUUAUUAUCACUGUAAUGAAUGUGGUAAAAAUCUUUAUUCGCCAUAUACGUUCUUUUGGCAUGUGCGAAUACAUACUGGGGAAAGACCAUAUACGUGUCAUCUUUGUGGCAAGCAAUUUCGUGUAUCUCAGGGGCUAGCGAGACAUUUACGAGAUACACAUGCAGGCAUCAAAAAUUUCCCGUGUGAUAUUUGCGGUCGAAUGUUUUCAACAAAACGUAGCGUAGAAGAUCAUAGACGUAUCCAUACUGGUGAACGACCAUACAUUUGUAAUAUUUGCGGGAAAUCAUUCAAGCAAAAAGCCUCUCUCUUCGUACAUAACCGGACUCACUCAGAUGUAUUUCCCUUUAAGUGUAAUUAUUGUAAUCAGAACUUUCGAACGAAACCGUCGCUGAUACUUCAUAUAACCAAGCAUACGGGUGAAAAACCACAUGCAUGUGACAUAUGCGGCCGAUGUUUUCGUAUAAAAUAUGAGUUGAAGCGUCAUCGUUUAAUUCACUUUGAUAAUAAACCGUGGAAAUGCACAGAAUGCAAUCUCUCGUUCCGUCAAAAACGCUACUUAGUUAAUCAUAAGAAAAUAAAUCACAAUACAAGCCCAUUCGUGGCUGUCAUGAAAUAAUGGAGAAAACUCUCUUUUCAGGUAUAAAUAUCGAGUCAUCGAAAGCAAUGCAAAAAGCGAG